AAACAUCAAGCCAUUACCAUAGGUGCCAGUUCCAAUUCAGUCAUUAUUUCGGAUUCCUGCAUGGCAUAUGAAUCAUGAAAACUAUAUUAGUCUCUAGUUUUGUCUUUUUUCUAAGUGCAAUUUACUGCUAUGAUUCAGAAAGUUCCGAAUCUAAUCGAAUCGAAGUGAGUCCGUUUUACGAUACUAUUAUCUACAGUGAUAUCGCUGAUAUAAUAAAUGACUUUGAAAAUAAUGGUGUUUCGCCGUUCGAUCUAUUUGCGAACAGCGACAGUCAGAGUGAAGAAGGUGUAGAAAGUUUGUUAUCUGAAUAUCAACGCUAUUUAGAGAAAGCACACAAACAAAGAAAGAAUUAUUUAGAAAAAUCAAAGACAAAAAACAAAGUACCAAUGCUGCCGCGACAUGACCAAUUUUCUAAAACGAAAUCUAAUGUCGAGAAACACGACGACUAUGUUUCGACGAAUAGUUUCUAUAAUCCAAGUGCUUAUAAAUUUAACCCAUCAUUUAACAACCCUCUAGAUGUUUUUAUUCCAAUUAACUCGAAGGGAAAAUAUAUGAAUAAACAAGAAACGACUGCUCUUCCAAAAGGUAACCGUGAGGAGUAUCUACCACUCGAAAAAUUCACGUUUAACGAAAAGAAAAUAUUAGACAUUUCACCUAUUUUACAUAAAUCUUUGGAUCCAAUGAAGUCGUCAUGUUUCUGUAAAAGUGGACACAUUCCUUGCGACUGUGGUUGCAAACAGUGCUUAGUACGCAUGGAUACUAUGUUCAAGGAUCCCUUGGAACAAUUGAAAAUGCACUCAUCAGAUGAUCAAAGAAAAUCUUUAUUGCAACACCUAUUACCAUACGAAAACUCUUUUAAUAAAAAAUCGGAACAUUUAAUUGACGAAAACAUGAGAGAUGUGUUAACUGACAAUACGCUUAACAUUCGUAUUAAAAUUGAUCUACAAUUACCAAAACCACAAGAAAUCUUGUCAAGAUUUUCUAAAAUUCACAGUCAUGAUAGAAUGUACGAUUUUGAUGACGCGGCAUCUAAAGAACUUAACACAGGCAUAAAUUUACCAUUUCCAUAUUUCAAUUUCCCUGUCCCCAUGGAAGUUUUGGGUUACAAAAGAGCAACAAAAUACAAUAAAGAUGAGUCUAGCUCCCCAGUACACAAAAUAACAAUCCAUAAAAAGAAGAAGUCCAGGGCAAACAAUAACAAUAAGAAACAUCGCAAGAAAGUUAUAACUUUCCACAACAUUAAGGUGGAACAGCAACCAUUGUUCCCCAACCAUUUUAAUGAUACCAACAAUAGUGACACUUUUAAGACUGAUUACAGUAGCAACGUUACCAACGACACUGGCCUACCUUCCACUACCUUACCUUUAUCUUCAAAUGUAUUACAAUUUGAAAUUAAUUCCAUGAUCAAUAAAACAGACGACAUCUUAAACGAAACUCAGACAGAAGAAAGUAUUUAUUUGAUGGUUAAUAUUACAAAUAAUCCGUACAAUGUAACAGAGGAUACCCAUAAAAUUGAAAAUAGUAUCGAAAAUGAAAAUUUCCCAAAAAAAAUCACGAACACUACUUCAAAACUGCCAUCUACACGUAAAAAACGUGAUAUCUCAAAUGUAAAUGUAACUGCUAAUAACAACAAACAUCAGACAACUAAAACUACACAACCAACGAAAGAAAAUGUAAAUAAAGACAAAAACAUCGGGAAGAAAGCAGAUAAAAAUACUUUAAGUGAUGCAGAACUAUUGUAUUGGCCUUAUAUAAGUCCGAGUAAGGAAACAGUCGAAACAAAAAAUAUUACAACUAUGAUAUUGGAAAAUGAACACAAGAAGUCAAAGAUUAACAUGAGUAAAGAUACAAUCCGUCAAAACCACACCAGAGUUCUGGAACAGGCAAUAUUUGGUAAUGUAGACUGGGACGACGUCGAAACAGUCGCACCAGCUUUCAUGUCCUUUGUAGGAAAAUAUAUUCAUGGAGUUUUAACAUUUUGUUCCCAAAAAGUUUGCCAUUCCAUGAAGUGCGCUAAUAAAACGUGUUUGCAUAGAGUUUGCAGGCCCUCGGAUAGAUUGAAUAACCGAGGACAUUGCGCCGGGACUAACAGUACAGAUAGCCUAGCAUCGAUGGAAUCUAUCAUGGAUUUGCCUUCAAAUAUCGCAUUUGAAAUUGUUGAUAUUUUACAAAACAAAAUGCUGGGAAAAAUAUUUGGGAAGGCGACAUUUUGCAUUAACGCCAAAUGUAUCACGCUUGCUGCAUCUAAAAAGAAUUUUGUGAAAUCUCGGUGUUCCGUCAAGGAGUUAAAUGCAGCUGGCCAUUGUUUGAAUGCUAAGACCGUGAAAAUUAUGUAAGUUCUUUAAUGUUUAGUAAAUAAACCUAUUUCAACACAAAAAA